AUGACACCGCCGCUACCAGGGGACAUUCUUUCCGAAAUCCUUGCAUACUUCCAAGAUCCGCAUCAUGUUCACAACGAUAAACAAACUUUGUACUCGUGCGCGAAUGUUAGCAAGUCCUGGUGCGAUAUCGCGGUUCGUUAUUUGUGGAGUGACACCAUUAAUUUUAUCUCGUGCCCCAAAGCCAUCCUCACAUUAUUGUCUUUUCUUCCCAACGAAUCAAAAGAACUCUUAAUCCGAAACGGGGUUUCCAUAAUCAAAAAUCGCUUCCACCACCCACCACCUCUAUUCGAUUAUCCCACGUUCUGCAGGACCUUGACCAUCUCACACGUCGGUCACUUUUGGAAUCCCGAAGAGGAGUCGGACCUCAUUGAACAUGACUACAAAUUACACCUAAUUAGACAAGAGUUGUACAAACUUUUUGUUUCAAAGAGCCCAAGGAUAAGGCGACUCACCUUUCUCACUCAUUCAAUUCACCUGACUCACUUUCCUGGUGCAUCAUCGUGUCUCUCUCCGCUGGUGGAAUUUGUGUGUGAUACGAAUUUAUCACUCGAUGUCUUUUACGGAAUGGCUCAAAUAUGUAAGCACCUGAAAAAAUUAAUCAUCAAGCAGUACCACGAUGACAAUCAGGCAUUGUCAAAACUCAUCAAGUCACAGACUAAUCUGAGGCACGUGGAAAUUGACACCGAGGUGGAACGUGAUUUCGACGACGACUACUCAUGUUCAAAUAUUGGUCACGCCUUGAAAUCGGUGGCACGGUCGAUUAGGCAUUUGUCACUGGGGGGUAGUAGCUCAUGCAUUCUGAUGUACACUAUGGAAUACUACGUCAACUUGAGAUCCCUUAGAUUGUUUCAUUGUGGGAAUGAUGCUGAUGAGAUGAUGGAAGCGUUGAGUUGCGAGAAUUUUCCGAAUCUUGGAAUUCUAGAGGUAGACUACGAGGCUCCCACGUUUUUGAGUUUAACGAAAUUCGUAUUAAAUAACGGCACCAAUCUGGAGGAGAUAUCGUUAUAUUGUCUGAUUCCUUCGAGUCCUGGAAAUUCCACUCUGUUUAACAUGACCGUGGCGCUGAAAUGCAAGAAAUUGGAAUUCUUCUCGUCAUUUUUUACCGACCCCGAAUUCCGGGAUUUGAGGGAGAUUCUCAUAAACUGCUCACAUCUAAGAUGUUUAUACAUCCGAACUGCGAAUACCAAACUCAACGGCGACAUAUUAUUAGAUGUGUUGCAACAAUAUGCGCCAUCUCAGCUUUCGAGAUUGUGCGUAGGAGGCGAAUGGGAGUUCACCACAAAGAGACUGAAAAAGUUUCUGGAGUGCAUGUGGAAGAAAGAUGGGAGGCAAAUUACUAUAUAUCAUCAUUAUGAAAAUAUUAUAGAUGAAGAGAAAGAGGACGCAUUUGAAUUUAGCGAAGAACAAGGAAAUCUCAUUAAAGCAUAUCAAAUGUCAAGUUGUGACUUGGAUUUAGUGGGCUUGAAAGAAGCGUUCUCUUGUGGGUGGAACCCGUUUUAUUAUGAUUUCUCAAAGUAUUAA